AUGACGGUGCCAACUUCGCCAACGCGCCAGCUCGACGUCGACCUCGUGGUCGACGAGCAAGAUGCUGCUCUGACAGACCAGGCCGUCGCCCUCUCGCCGGCGCUGUGGAACGUCCUCAAUGCCACUGCCUCGACCUCAGCUGCAUCGUCCUCCAAGGCUGCCUCUGGAAGCACCCUCACGGUGAGCUUGCGGCCGCCCUCGGGACGCCGUCCACGGCUCUCUGGCGUUGCUGCCCUCACCGCCCAUGCCGUAAAGAGCUCCCAAGACACGCCCGGACUGUGGCUGCACGCCUCCAGAGCCAUGAUCACUGCGCUCGGCAUAUCUUCGCGUCCCUCGCGCACCCAGCAGCCGCGCCAAGUAAGCAUCGAGCUACACACGCUACUGGAUGCCUCGCUAGUCUAUCUGCAGGCCACGACGUCGGCGGCUUACGAUGUAGCCAUCGCCAACCAGGACGAGCUGGUGCGUCAACUCGACCGGCGCAUCCUGCGUCAGGGCCAGCUCAUCCGUGCUCAGCUCGCUGGCAACGAUACGCCCCUCCGCGUGCUCGUGCUCGAGCCGCUGCUCCAGGGCGUCUUUGCUGCCGACGCAACCGAGGUGCUCCUCACCAUGCACCCGGAAGCCGCCGACGCCGACCCUCUCGAAGCCUCCAUGCUCUCAAGCGUCUCCGAAGACUCGUACUCGAUAGCAGCCAGCGACGCCAACGGCCUCUACGAUGCGAGCCACAGCGACGGCGAGCUCCAGGACGAUGACGGCGACGAUGAGGACCUCGAGAUCGACGAGCGCUUCCUCGCACAGACGGUGCUGCAGGACUUCUCCAACCUCGACAUCGCGAUCGAUCCCGCGCCCGAUGCGUCGAACGCACGAAGCCGUACAAGCACCACCCAGGCGAGCCGCGUGAAGCGGUGCGCGCUGCGCCAGCUCCAGGAUCCAGCUGCACUGGCGGCCGCCAUUGCGCACUGGCACGCGAGCGCUUCGUCGGCCGAUGCCGCUGCAUCUGCGGCCGCAGCCAACAGCAUCGACGAGGAAAACGUCGUGCUUGCGACCGAGCGCGACAUGGCCGCGCUCGGCGCAUUCAACGGAGACUGGCUCGCCGCGAGUGCACCAGGCAGCAGCGGGCGCACAAGGCUCGUGCGCCUGCUGGCGUCCAAGGACCUGCCCUCCACCGACGCAUCGCCUGCCGUGUGGAUGUCGCCCGUGCUGGCGCAAAACAUCCUUGGCGACGAUGUGUUUGGCACCGCAGCGCCGAGCGUGGUGCUGCGCGUGCUCGGAUCGCGGCCGUCGGACCAGCAGCCCGAUGUAUCUGCGCUGGUGCGGACGUGCCCUGUGGCAGUACCCUUCGCCGAGUCGCUGCGGAUUGCGCGCGUGGCAGGCCCGCUCAGCGUGGACCGCGCCUACCAGGGUCUCUUCCUCGAGGCGCUGCGCACGUUCUUCGAGGAUCGCCGCCGCAUCUGCCGCAGCGGCGACAUCAUUGCCGUCGCGAUCGAGGCGAGCAAGGCACGCUUCGUGGUGCGCGAGGCGGAUCCCGACGCGACCACUGACUCGGCUCCGGACGACAUCCACGACCUGCGUCUCCCCUCGGCGGCGAGUGCGGCCAGGACGGCGACGGUGUACUUUCGCGUGACCGACGUACGCGCCGAGCUGGUGGCGCCCGACGCAGCUGCGGCCAAGCAGAUGCACGAGGCGGUGCGUGGGCUCGCACUGCAGGCGCAGGCGGGCGAGCUCGGCUGCAUCGUCGACCCCAACGUGACCAAGAUGGUGCAGACGGGCGUCGAGCACUGCCGCGUCGUCGACUGCGAUCGCUGGCUGGGCAUCGUGUGCGACACGCCGAGUCUGCCCACGGAGGUGUCGGCGGUGGUGGCGCCGUUGGUGGGCGCGUCGAGUGCAUACGCAGGGCUGUCAUCGCUGCUAUCCGCGACGCUGCAGCCGGGAGCGGGGCGGUUCGGGCUGCAUCUGAGCGUGCUGCUCAAGGGCGCGCGUGGAUGCGGCAAGCGCACGGUGGCACGCUGGGUUGCCAAGGCCGCCGGCGUGCAGCUGGUGGAGCUCGACUGCUUUGACGUGGUGUCGGACACGGACGUGCGCACCGAGGGCAUCCUGCGAGCGCGCUUCCAGAAGGCGGCCGAGUGCGCGCCAUGCAUCUUUCUGCUGCGCAACAUCGAGGCGCUCGCACGCAAGAGCCAGGCCCUCGAGACGGGGCAGGAGCCUCCGCUGGCAACUGCGUUGCAAAAGUGCUUCGAGGAGCUGUGGGACGUCGACUCGGGAGACGGCAUGCCCGUGGCGGUGUUCGGCACGACGAGCGAUGCGGACAAGUGCCCGUCGGGCGUGCUGGGCUGCUUCAAGCACGAGGUGAGCUUCAAUGCGCCCAACGAGGCGGAGCGACGCGCAAUGCUCGAGCUCACGCUCGCCGAUACGGUGCUGGGCCCCGACGUGGAUCUCAAGAACCUGGCGACGCAGACGGCUGCGCUGGUGGCGGCGGAUCUUGUGAACUUGGCGUCGCGAUCGCGGCUCAUGUCGGUGCACCGUGUACGCAAAGCGCUGCCUUCCAGCGUGGCUGGCGUGUCGGAGCGUGAUCUUGUGCUGGCCGGGCUGGCGAUCACGGGCGCCGACGUGGACUCGGCGCUGAACAAAGCGCGGUCGAGCUACUCGGAGUCGAUCGGUGCGCCCAAAAUCCCGAAUGUGACGUGGGACGAUGUGGGUGGCUUAGCGUCGGUCAAGUCGGAUAUUCUCGACACGAUCCAGCUGCCGCUCGAGCAUCCGGAGCUGUUCAGCGACGGGCUCAAGAAGCGCUCGGGUAUCCUGCUGUACGGCCCGCCGGGGACGGGCAAGACGCUGCUGGCCAAGGCGGUGGCUACGUCGUGCUCGCUCAACUUUUUCUCGGUCAAGGGACCGGAGUUGCUCAACAUGUACAUUGGCGAGUCGGAGGCGAAUGUGCGGCGCGUAUUCCAGCGCGCGCGCGACGCCAAGCCGUGCGUGAUCUUCUUUGACGAGCUGGACUCGGUGGCGCCGAAGCGAGGCAACCAGGGCGACAGCGGUGGCGUGAUGGACCGGAUCGUGUCGCAGCUGCUGGCGGAGCUCGACGGCAUGGCGGGCUCUUCGGAGGGGACGGACGUGUUUGUGAUCGGCGCAACGAACCGACCGGAUCUGCUGGACCCUGCGCUGCUACGACCCGGACGGUUUGACCGGAUGCUGUACCUGUCUGUUUCGGAGACGCAUGCGGCGCAGCUCAACAUCCUGCAGGCGCUGACGCGCAAGUUUAAGCUGGAUGGCGAUGUGGGCGAUCUGGGGUGCAUCGCCGAGCAGUGUCCGUUCAACCUGACGGGCGCCGAUUUCUACGCGCUGUGUUCGGACGCCAUGCUCAAGGCCAUGACGCGCAAGGCGGGCGAGGUGGACGAGCGGAUCGCGGCGAUCAACUCAACGCCGGGCAAGAAGACGCAUCCGCACCCGCUCACGGCGCAGUACUAUCUGGCGGAGAUGGCGAGUGCCGAGGAGAUCGAGGUGCGGGUGAACCGGCGCGACUUUGAGCUGGCGCUGCGCGAGCUGACGCCGUCGGUGAGCGAGCAGGAGAUGCAGCACUACCGCGAGGUGCAGGCCAAGUUUUCGGCACCCAAGCCCGACGCUGCCGCCGCCGCGGCGCCGCCCAACGCGAGCAAUGGCGCAGUGGAGGUUGAUGCGGCGCAGAUGGAUGACCAACGGCUCAUGGCAGCGAUUCAAGCAGCGCGUGCUGCGCAGUCCGGUGCUGGCGUGAAUGGCGCCCGUAGUGCCGGCAAGAGCUCUGCGGGCUCGGGCGCAGCGAAGGUCGACGCGGGGGACAGCGUGGACGGCGUUGACGCCGAAUCGGACUCGGCACAAGCGCGACGCCGGGCCAAAGGCAAAGGUCGCGCUAUCUGA